AUGCAACAUCAACAAGCAUACCCGCAACCACAACAACAACCAGUGCAACAACAUCAACAGCACCAGCAAAGGAAGAGCAGGCACUCGAAGCAGCCGAGUCACCUGCCAGGAACAGCACCUUACCUGCGCAUCCUCUUCCCAAGGAACAUUCAACAGAGAGAGCCCGUCCCACAGCUGCUGAAUCACCCCCAUCCAGACCUUGAUGCCGAGGCAUACCACUUCCUCGCCCUCCUCGUCCGCGACUUUAUUCAGACUUGGUACUCGACCUUCUCCUCUGACCCACAACUUGUCACGUCCGUCGUCAACGUCGUCAUAGAGAUUGCGCGCGAGCUCGAGCGAAGGAGUCAAGAGGUCGACUGGGUAGGAUUAUUGCUACUGGACGUCCCGGAAGUGCUAAGGAGACACUAUAUCGAUUACAGGCAGGCAGCACAGAAACUGGACACAGCAUACGCUCCCAACCAAACAAUCGAGUCAAUCUUUCAUGGACUACAACCUCACUUUGCGCUCCAGGAUGGCGAGGAAUCGGAAAAGGAAUAUCUCCGACAGCUAGCGGAUGAGUUGUUGCGAAUCCUGCUCCCCAAGGCAGAGUACGAGUCCGACUGUGUGCGCUGGCUUAUCCGGGAGAUCCUCGCCUGUCUCGUCUUGAGGAGUUUGGUCGAGAUCCUGACAGAGCCUGACAUGAUCAACUACAUCGUCAACACACUUUUGCAAGACUUUGAGCCGACGGACGAGAUAUACGAAACAUUCCUUCAAAAGGCGGCGGACCAAAUGGAUGCAUCAGACGACAAGUUUUCGGCGUUCCUGGCGAGUUUAGUAGGAUCAAAAGGAAGGACAAAGCUCACACACAGGUCGUCAACACCCAACAUCAACCCGACGGACGAAAUGGUCGACUUGCUACAGGAUGCCCAGUCAUCCAGUCUCGCGGCUGCAGCAGCGGCAGCGGCUGCAUCAUCGUCAAAAUAUGCAGGCGAGCGCCCACGGCCCGUCAAACAGUCAGCUGCCCGCAUGUCUCGGUCUGAACGGAACGACGACGCACUAUCGCAUAGCGUGGCAGGAGCAGCCCCACUCGCGGGUCAAUCGACAACGUCUCAAAGCAACACAUCGGCCAGAAGAGUUCCCGUUUCGCCACAAAAUGCACCUCUUCUAGAACCACCACUACAGAUACCAGCCUUUAAAAGGACCAAGAGCGAUGCUACUUUGAGACUGUCUUCAACCUCAUCCAGCAACAACUACAACAGCAGCAGCACAAGAAGUACGCCAGGACGGACGCCGAACAGGAGCCCGCAGCCCGAGCCAGGGUUGCUGCCAAAACUAAAGUUGAAAGCUACAUUGGCAAUGACAAAGGCGCCAGCAGAAUAUACCACCUACCUGAUCAACAACGUCUUUGUCCCCUUCAGCGUGAUACUGGUGGCGUUAUUGAACUUUAUGCUCGUCCUGCCCAGCAAGAUCUCUUUGGUCUCACAGUCCUUGGCCUGGAUUUAUGCGGAACUCGAUGAGCCAGAGCACACAGAACUGGAGGCGGGAAUCUUUCGACUUGCCAAGGAGAUCUUUUACCUCGAAGAGCGGAAUCAAGUCAUCUGGCGUCAGUGGGAGCUAAUGGGCUGGCCUCUUGUCAGAACCCUUGGAGGUGGAGCUAUCGACCGGCAGGACGACGAGCACUGUGGCCUGACCCAACAUCGUCUCCUCCUAGGCCACGAGGUGUCGACGAGAUGGAAAAGGCACGUCGUGAGGCCGAACGCAGGAUCCUCAGGACCAUACCUGCACCAAUACGUGACACUUUCUUUGGGGAACAAGGCGUACACCAUCUAG